ACGUGUUGAAGCUCGCCGAGCAGGAAACGAAGAUCAUGACGGAGGAGCAGUACCGGCACGUCCCUCGCCUCCCUCCCCUCUGGCACGGAGUCGUUAGCCCAUCCACGGUGGAGCCCAAAGACUUCCGUUUCAACGAGCAAACAGCUGAGAUGGAGAUGUCCUGGGACCCGACCAGACGAGCCUUCCUUGACCAGCAUAUCGAGCCUGAGUAAAGCUGCUCCCCACCUGCUGG